AUUCCAAACGCGAAUCGGGAGAAAGACGCUCUCCGUAACGCACUGAACAAAUUUCGUACAGUGUUCGUGUCAUGGAAUGAAAAAAAAAAAAAAAAAUGAAAAAGUGAAUCGCCGGUAUAGUGGCGAACGAACUAUCAACUCAACACCGGGAUGUACCCCGUGAGACGUUGAAGUAUAAUAUAUUAAAAUUGAAUUCGGUAGCAGAUAGUCACGUAACAUUCGUUUUCAGGAUAAGUCGAACGACGGAUGACUUGUAUGAAAAUUUAUAUUAAUAUAUUAAAAUUAAUGUAUUAAAAUUGAAUUCGGUAGCAGAUAGUUGCGUAAAAUUCGUGAAAGUUUAAAAGAAAGACGAUGUUUAAAAUAAAAUAAACGCGAACUUGAAGCUUGGGAAUAAAUCAAGAGACGGAUGUCUCGUAUGAAAAUGUACUUUUCUAGCGAUUGUAGAGUGAAGAGAGAUAUCAUUAAAUCGAAUGAAAUUAAACAUACCUAUGGAUCCAUCGAUUCGUAUCAACAGCGAAUGUAAGUUUGGUAGUCGCGAAUGUUGAUCGGUGUCGAAUGUUGAGCAUUGAAAUAAACGAAAUAAACAGUAUCUACGCUGGAUAGUUGAGUGUGUGCAUGAAGAAUUACGAGACCGAUGAGAACUGCAAACGAGCCGGAGCAGAGGAACACGAAUUAGGUGCAUCAUGCUGAAAAGAUGCAUACCAGCCGUGGCUCACUUUUUUCUUCGGAUUCGGGGUAAUGGUCGCAAAACAGAAGCCACUUUACCACAGACGGGCGAUAAUCGGGAAUGGAAUCUCUAUGAUGCUCGGAAAUGCGCAAAUUGAUGGGCAGAAAUCAUCGUCGAUGGACCGGGGGUAAACGUCAUGGCGAACCAGACGGUCAAUUACUAUGGGAACGUUUAUCAAUGGAAUCGGACGGUGGCGACGGACGACCAAGACACGUCGAUGGAAUAUUACCUACCCGACUGGACUGAUCUCGUUUUAGCUGGGUUGUUCACCACGUUGAUCAUCGUCACUAUAGUAGGCAACACUUUAGUAAUUGCCGCUGUGGUAACAACGAGGCGCCUAAGGUCCGUUACUAAUUGUUUCGUAUCCAGCUUGGCCGCUGCGGAUUUAUUGGUUGGCUUAGCUGUAAUGCCGCCGGCAGUAUUAUUACAGCUCACAGGUGGUACUUGGAUACUGGGCGAAAUACUCUGUAUCUCCUGGGUUUCCCUUGACAUUCUCCUCUGUACUGCCAGCAUUCUCUCAUUAUGCGCCAUAUCCAUAGACAGGUACCUAGCCAUAACUCAACCUUUGAUAUACAGCCGACGACGUCGAAGUAAAAGACUGGCUGGCUUGAUGAUCGUCGCUGUCUGGAUCCUUGCUGGGGCUAUAACCAGCCCACCUUUGCUGGGAUGUUUUCCGCGUGCAACGAAUCGCGACAGUAAAAAAUGCUCGUACAACAUGGACUCCUCAUACGUAAUAUUUUCAGCGAUGGGUUCCUUUUUCCUACCGAUGCUGGUAAUGCUCUACGUUUACGGCAGAAUAUCUUGCUUGAUUGCGAGUCGCCAUAGAAACUUGGAAGCCACUGGCAGUGAAAACAUCAAACCACGUCGCAAUGUGCUGAUUGAACGAGCAAAGAGCAUCAGGGUACGAAGAACCGAAUGUGUGACCAACACUGUGACCUGUGACAGGGCCUCCAAUGAAGCGGAACCGCCGACCACCAGCAAAAAGUCAGGGAUCGUCCGCAGUCAUCAACAGAGCUGCAUCAACAGAGCAGCUAAGGAGACAAAAACUGCUGGCACUUUAGCAGUGGUCGUAGGUGGAUUCGUGGCAUGUUGGUUACCUUUCUUCAUUCUCUAUUUGGCCACACCGUUCAUGCCCAUGAACCCGCCGGAUGUCCUAAUGCCAGCUCUAACGUGGCUAGGGUGGAUCAAUUCAGCUAUAAAUCCAUUCAUCUACGCCUUUUACUCGGCCGAUUUCAGAAUCGCAUUCUGGCGACUGACUUGUCAAAAAUGUUUCAAGAGUAGAAGUAAUUUGGAUCGAAGCAAUCGAAAAUUACCAACUCCGGCUAACUGGAAGAAGGAAGCAUCGAGGACGUGAAAAUAGUGGAACAAUGAUGAAAAUAAAAAUCCAUCGAUCGCUGUGAUCGAAACAGAGGUCACUGUGAUUUACCUAAGAGUGCGACUCGUGUUGUAUCGAAUGAGACACGUAAUUAAACAAAUUCAAACAAGACAUCAAUCUCAUGAUACACGUAACUUGUUCGAAAUAUACAGUAUUUUACAAUCGGUAAUAACUAAACAAGUGAUUACAACAUUUAUAAACUGCGAAUACUUGGUAUUAUUUGGAACAUGUCUGUAUCACGACUUUAUUAAAAUUGGAUUAUUUCACAAACAACUGUUACAGCUAUUAGAUCUGAAUACAUUUUGACCUAAG